GGCCGCCUUUCCCAUGGACAUAUGAGCUUCAAAAUACAAUGUAUGUAGCGUAAAUUUAAGUCAUCGGUGACUAUGCGCCGAUAUAUUGUGCUUAGUUAAAUAAGAAACGCCUCAAAGCGGGGACUUAAUUAUUUAUAGCCCUGGUAUAACGUGCAGUUGAAAUAGCCUGCGUUGCUAAUUUAGCUUCCAAAACGGAAAUAUUCAAUAGUUGCACUUCAACUAAAACUGUUAUCGCACAGUUUACUAAACCACCUCGAAGGAUGACGUCUCUACGUUUGUAAUGUUGAAACGUAUAACGGUAGAAUGUACAUCCGCUGUCCGGUGAAACAGGAAUAGGCUAUCCUUUGUUUCCAAUCGUAACCCUGUAUUGAUUGGACGGGAAGUAGCAGAGAAAAAGGAGGAGAAAAAAAAACAAAAUGGAUGAAAGUGCUGAAAAUGUCGACUACGACGACCUUGUCAUCAUUGUGGAGAACGAGGCGGAAAGUUUGCCAGCCGAGGAGGAGAGGCUGAAACUGCAAGGCACCUUCGGGCUCAUGGACACCUGUCCCAUCUGCAAGCUGAGCUUCCACAACAGAGAGCCCAAACUCCUGCCGUGCCUUCACUCGUUCUGCAAGAGGUGUCUCCCUGCCCCCUUCAGAAGUGCUGACCCGAGGCGUGAUUCACAAGGUCAAGUCGACAACAAAUCAUUUGGUGCCGUUCGAUGUCCAGUAUGCAGACAGGAAUGCUGGGAGAUGGACAUGCUGGAUAAUUUCUUCGUCAAGGACUCCAUUGAGGUGCCGAGCAGCACCGUGGAGAAAAGCAGCCAGUUGUGUAUCAGCUGCGACGACAACACCGAGGCAACGGGGUACUGCGUGGAGUGUGUGGAGUUUCUCUGUGUGACAUGUAUCGAGGCGCACCAAAGGGUCAAGUUCACCAGGGAUCACACCAUACGGCAGAAGGAAGAGAUGUCUCCAGAAGCAGUAGGUAUGUCCACACAGAAGCCCGUGUUUUGUGACGUCCACAAGCAGGAGACCCUGAAGCUGUUUUGUGAGACGUGUGACCGACUCACCUGUCGGGACUGUCAGCUGCUUAAACACAAGGAUCACAACUACCAGUUCUUGGAUGAUGCGUACAGGAACCACAAGCAUCAUCUGGAGAACAUGACGCAGCAGUUGCAAGAGAAAAGAAAGGCCAUCGAGGACGUGUCCACCUGUAUCAGCACUGGACUCCAUCACGUCGAGGAAAACCGGAAGUCUGUUACCAAUGAAAUAAAGAAGUCCAUCUGUACCUUGAUUAUGGAGAUCAACAGGAAGGGAAAGAUUCUGGUGAACCAGCUUGAGGCUCUGACUAAAGACCACGAGGUGGGUUUGAAAAAGCAGCAGGAUGACGUCAACUCUCUGAGGCGGCACCUGGACCACGUCAUCAACUUCACUCAGUGGGCCACAGCCAGCCAUAGUGGAACAGCCCUGCUGUACUGCAAGAGACUGAUCCUUUUCCAGAUCCAUUACCUGAUGAGAGCGAGCUGUAAUCCCUCCAUCGUCCCUCAGAGUUCUGUUCGCUUUCAAUGUCGCUCCGGUUUCUGGGCCACGAAUGUCGACCUUGGUUCUCUGAUUGUGGAAAGGGGCCAGAGCCGGCCCCCCAUCAACAACCUCCCGGCAGGUCCCAGACCAGAAGCGCCCCCUGGAAGUCUUUCCGUCUCGGCUCAGCAGCGACAGAGCACGUUGGCUCAGCUGCAGAUGCAUGUGGAUAAGCUUGCCCAGCAGCCCAGCCGACAGCCCCCCCCUAACCACUGGUCCUGGUACCAAAAUGUCCGGGUCCCCCCGGGACAUCCCGGCCCUCCACCCCAAACCAGACCCCUCCACGGAGGGUCCUCCCCCUCCCAAGGCCCUCCAAGCCUGGGACAACCGGGGCGCAGAUAUGGAAGCUCUUACCCCAACCCCAGAAGCCCCACUUCAUCCAUGCUACACAACACAGGAUUCCCCCCCAAUCAGUCUCUGAGAGAUCUGAUCCAUAGCUCCGGCUUCCCCCCGAAACCCAUGGAUGUGUUGCAGGGCACGUCCCGCUACCCGCCGCCUCUGUCUGCAGGAGCAGCGACGCAGAUGUCGCUACAGCAGCGGGGCCUCGCGGAGCCCUCCUUCCUGAAGAGGAGUGAGCCUGGCGGAUCGGUCCCCUCCAUCACCAUCUCUAUUCCCAAACCCAGCUUCGCUCCGAGUCUCGCUUCAGCAACCUCAGAUAAAAUGAGCGCAUUUAAUCACGCAGCAGUUCUAGCAAGGCAGAACUCCCCGAUGGCCAAACCAUCGUCCUCAGACAGAGGCACAGGGACGACCUCCUGGAGGCAGAGCUCCGAGCCUCCAUCCGCCCCCCCUUCCAAGCGGCGGAGAAGGUCGUCCCCGGGGCCCGUCAUCGUCAUCAAGGACGAACCAGAGGACGAGGAUGAUGUUCGAUUUGUGCAGUCCAGCGUUGGCUCCAGCCUGCCGGACAGCAGCACCGGGGGUCAGUCGAAGCCUCGGCAGCAGCCGAAGGCUCCCGUACCGGUCCCGGUGCCUGCGUCGGAGUCUGGAGCGGAGUCCAGCAGAGCGGCCAAAGAGCAGCGGCCGCAGCCCGCAGUGCAGCCCGAGUCCGAGAAGAGAGCGGAGCCGGAGGAAGACCCGAACGAGGACUGGUGCGCCGUCUGUCAGAACGGGGGGGAACUGCUCUGUUGCGACAAGUGCCCCAAAGUCUUCCAUCUGGCCUGUCACAUUCCCACUCUGAACGAGUCCCCCAGCGGGGAGUGGUUCUGUUCGCUGUGCCGAGACAUCGCCUCCCCCGAGAUGGAGUACGACCGCGACGGCAAGGACGACCCCGUGUCUGAAGGGUUCCCACCCACUGGAAGGAUGAGGUGUGAGAGGCUGCUGCUCCGUCUGUUCUGCAAUGACUUCAGCACUGACUUCCAGCAGCCCGCGACUCCAUCAGAGAAGAAACGCUACAAAGAGCUGAUCAAGACCCCGAUGGAUUUAUCAAUCGUCAAGAAGAAACUGGAGUUGAAGUUGGCGGAAGGUCAAUGUUAUAAUGGUCCCGAGGGGUUUGUCGCAGACGUCCGGCUCAUAUUCUUCAACUGUGCAAAGUACUACAAGGGGACCUCCGAAGUGGGGAGUGCAGGCUUGUACCUGGAGGACUACUUUGAGGAGCAGCUGAAACUAGUCUACACGGAUAAGGUGUUCCCCGGAGGGCGGGAGGAACAGAUGAUCCCUCCCCUCGAGGAGGAGAUAGAUGAAGAGGAAGAGAUGCCGGCGGAGAGCAUGGCUCCCAUUGAAGACGAUAAACCACAAAGUCCCGCGGAGACGGGAAUCCCGCCUGUGGAAGAAGAUUUGCCUCCUCUGGAAGAAGCAACGGCCCCUGCAGAGGAGGAACGGUUAGAAACGGAGGAGAAGGUGGUCAAUGCGAGUGAAAUGGAGGCGGCAGCCGUAGACGGCGCCGCCGCCGAGGGAGAUGCCCCUCCUACAGAGGAGCCAGAGAAGAUGGAGGUGGCAGAGGAGCCAGAGAAGAUGGAGGUGGCAGAGGAGCCAGAAAAGAUGGAGAUGGCAGAGGAGGCAGAAAAGGAAGAGGAGCCAGAAAAGGAAGAAGCAGAGAAGGCAGAGGUGGCAGAGCAGGAAGCAGAGGAGGCAGAGGAAGCAGAGGAGGCAGAGAAGGACGAGGACGAGGCAGGGAAGGAAGAGGAGGCAGAGAAAGAUGAGAAGGAGGAGCAGGAAGAGGAGAUUCCUGUGAAGGAGGCGAAAAGCUCUCCAGCUGCUGUUGGUGAGAUAAAAGAAGAAGACCCUCCCAAAUCCCCAAAAGAGGAGAACCCUGAGCUCCCCACAGACGACGACGGCGCGCCCGUGGAGCCGCCUGAAACCCAGGAGGAGUCCGCUCCUGCAGACCCGGCCAAGGAGGAGCAGGGAUAGACGAGCGCCGAGAGAAACUGUAGACAAGAUGGAUGAGUCCAGUCUUCCGCAGAAGUGGCCCCAGUGGGGACCGACAUUUGCUGCAAUCGGACAUUUAUUUUGGUAAUAUGUUAUAUUUGUACUAGGAAAGGAGUGCUGCUCAGCUAAAUAGACUUAUUUAGUAGCGGUCAUGCAGUAGAUGCACAAUGAAGGGAUUAAAUAAGUUUUUCUUUUUUGUUUUGCUGGACGGAGGUUACAAUUUUACUGUAACACAGGAUUGUUAUUUUCUGUAAUGACUAAACUGAAAAGCACACACAAAGAUAUUCUUAAUCAUGAAAUAAUUUAACAUUAAGUCAACAUAAAAAUAAGGAGGAAAAAAAAAAGAUUUGGGAUUUGUAAUGCAUGCAAGAUGUCUUGAUGUAAAUAGAAAUGACUCCAAUGUUCUGUUUAUAAGCUUUGGUUAUCUUGCACUAGCCAUUUGGCUCAUGAACAAAUUAUGUUUUAUUGCAAUAGUAUUUUUUUUAAUUUUGUUAGUAUUGUAUUAAAGGACAGCUCUAUGUACAACAUACAUUGAAUUGUGCUGCUUGGGUAUUUUAGAACAACAAAUUAUUUAAAAACGUUAUUUUGUCAUAAGAUCGUUUGUUGGUUUUUAUCAGGAGAAAUUCUAAAGACUUUACUGUUCGCACUGAGAUAGUUCAGAGACAUAAUUAUCACCUCGAUAUCAGCCGCGAACAACAGUGUGUGUUCGCCAAAUUGUGUCCUUGCCCUUCUGCAGCAUGAUCACUUUAGUGUGAGAUUAGGCCUGAGCCUUGUGCUCUCAGCUGGUUUCCCUCACUGAAAGCAGUGGAAGUGUGAAGUUAGACCCUCAGAGCAGAGGCUUCACUUCAAUACACCUUUCUGGAGCUCACAUGGCAUCACACUCAUAUUUCAGCUUCCAUGUAGAUCACUUUGUCCAAUAUUAACACUUAUUAUUUAUUGAGGAUACACAGGACCUGUACAUGAACUCUGCAACAAAUGUUAUUACCUGCAUUUACAAUAUUUGUAAUAAACAGGGUUUAAAGUAGA